AAACGAUGUCGUUGCAGUUGGGGAAGUCUCUGAAAAACCAAGUCUACCGAUCAGUAUAACUCACCAGCUCCCGUUGUAGCCCUAACCCGUUCCUGAGCUCCAUCACGCAUCUUCGCCGGAGGGCCGUCGUCGCCACCCCAUCGGAGCAGGCUUUCGUCAUAAAUCAAGCAACUCUUGCGAACCCUAGCGCCGUGCCUCUCAUCUUCUCCAUCUUCACACUUCAAUUCAGUGUGUGCUGAAAAACAAUGGCAAAUGCACCUGCCCAAAUUCCCACAAACUUUGGACAUGAGUUGAGGGCUUGUCUUCGUUGCCGCCUUGUCAAAACCUACGAUCAGUUUAGAGAGUCAGGUUGUGAAAAUUGCCCAUUUUUAGAGAUGGAAGAAGAUCCUGACCGUGCGGUUGAAUGCACUACCCCCAAUUUUAAUGGAAUCAUUUCAGUAAUGGAUCCAACUCGAAGUUGGGCUGCCCGAUGGUUGCGCAUUGGAAAAUUUGUUCCUGGUGUUUACACUCUUGCUGUCUCAGAAGCUCUUCCAGAAGAGAUGCAGGCUAUUUGUGCUGAUAAGCAUGUGCAAUAUAUGCCUCCAAGACGUCAGUAGAACAAGUAAAUAUUGGCUUUGUGGCAUCUCUAACAUGGUUGGAACCGAGUAUGUAUUGAUGGGGAUUUUAUUGCUAGUUUUGUUCAAAUGCCUUGUUAAAAUUCUCUAAACAGAAAUUAAUUAGUGUAUGUACAUGAGAAAAGCUCAUGAAACUAACAUAAUAUAGCUUCUUUUGACUGAUA